CCGGGUAAAGGAUAGCAGCGUUGCCAUGUGGUUGUAACGUUUUGAUUUCGUUAGCAAGUAGCUAGGUAGAUAACAUUAGUGUUGAUGGAUUAAGAUGAGUUCACAAAAAGGUAACACUUCCCGCUCGCGAGGCCAGAAGUACCAAAACACAACUGCUUUCAAAAACAAUAAGUAUGGCACCAGUGUACAAGUAAAGAAAGCCAACGCGAAGGUACACGAUGGCGUCUGCAAGCAUUGCAAAGAUGUGCUGGAGUGGAAAGUCAAAUACAACAAGUACAAGUCCCUCACACAGCCACGCAAAUGCGUGAAGUGCCUGCAGAAGAGUGUGAAGGACGCGUACCACAUCAUGUGCAAGCCCUGCGCCCUCCGCCUGGAGCUGUGCGCCAAGUGUGGGAAGAAGGAGGACAUCGUCGUCUCGCUUCAGCAGGAGAAAGAGGAUGAGAAGGGAGCGGAAGGCGACACACAGGACACCUGUCAGAAGGGGAGAGGGCGGCACAGCAGGGCCCGGGACGAGUUUGAUGAUGAAGAUGAUGAUGACGACGAAUUUGGCUCAGACAGCGAUCUGGAGGACUGUGACAGUGACUUGGAGCCAGAGAGUGAACACAGCAAGGACCCCGUGCCCAGUGUGACAUCACUGAAGAUACAGGACAAUAGCAAACAGUGAUCAUUUUUUAUAACUUCCAGUCUUUCCUGAAGAGGGCCAGUUAAAAAAAACUCCUUCAAUGAACAUUCAGAGUAUAAUGUGUUUACAGUAUGAUUGGUGGGUAGCUUCUGUGAACUGCUAGUAUCGACAUUGAUUAGAAUCCAAACCGAGCAGUAAAGCAAAGCAUUGGGUACAUACUAAGGAAUACUAGAGAUGCAAGAUCCCCUUUUGAUACGGAACAUACCUAUCUUUUCAUUUACCAUGUUUGAUGUAGAUAAAGACAAGGUAAUAUACCUGUACUCUGCUGGUACACCAUCACACUUUACAUUACAUUACAUGAUUUCAUUUAGCAGAUGCUCUUACCCAGAGCGACUUCCAAAUAAGUACAUCACUACGCUAAGAGUAGUUAUCGCAAAGUAUUACAAGUGCAACUGAUGUUUUCUAUUGAAUAUCUGAGUAGUCACUCUCUAAUCGAAUUUGGUCAGUCAAUAAACCUGUGUAUAAACUAAAUAUUUCUGCAGUGGUAACUUAUCACCAGCAGAUGGCGGCUUAUGAGAUUUAUGUAGAAUUGCUGUUCGAUCCAUGGUAGGCUCACUCGUCCUCUGGACAUGUGGAGGGUUUUUUCAUGUUCUGAGUUGAUCACCAUAGUGAGUCUGUUUUAAAAGCAGAAUCAGUGAAGUAACCUUAAUGGAGGCCAUCAAAAUGAACCUUUUUUUCUCUACAGAUUCUACAACUGGGAAAUUAAUUUCCUUGAUGCAUACAUAACUGGGAGGUUAAGCACAGUGGCCACCAGAUUGCUUUGCUACCUGUCUAAAAAUGAAUUGCAUGAGUUGUAAAAAAAAUUCACGCUUGUGCGCAUAUGUGUGUUGUGUGAGCGUGUGUGCAUGUGCAAGAGCCCAUCCCUACAGUGAAUGAGUGCAGGGCUGUAGCAUUAUAAACAACUGGCAAUAAACAACAGC